UUACAUUGGAUAUAUUCUUGGAUCUAAUACCCUAAUAGAAGUAUCACAAUCAAACACACCUACAUCUACAUCAACAGCACUGAAAUAUAAUAUAGCUGAUAUUAAUAAUUUAAACAUCACUAAUGACUUAAUAUUCCUUCAAAAUCUAGUUAAAUCUAAACAUUCAUUGACACAAGAAUAUUUUAACUAUAGUGACCAAAAUACUUUACUGUCUCAUCUUCAUAAUAUUGUUACUUUAGAUGAUUUCAAAAAAACACAAGAUCUAGUCAAUGUUAUAUAUAAGGAAACAGGUCAUCAUAGACCUGUAACUUCUGAUAUUAGCAUUAUUCUACUUGAACAAAAAAAAAAACAGCAGCAGAAACCAUCAUACAAAAGUUAA